AUGCAGAGGAUACUAUCGAGGGCCGCUCGCCGGUGCACGAACUCCUCAGCGGCGUUCAAACCCCCUCACGUGGCCAAUGCAGCAAGUGUUCACUCUGAAGACGCCCCAACUUGUUCAAACAUGAUUACAGAGUAUGAUGAUUUUACAUGGAAGACUAGUUUUGUUAGACCCUUGCAAUCUGAAGUUGUCAAUGCUCUCCGUAGAGGUGACCGGCAGCGAGCAUCAUUGAUUCUUUCGAACUUUCAUCACACUAAGGAAGCACUGACCAAGGAAGAUUUUUAUUAUAUAUUGGAGUAUUGUGCAGAGGCACCUGAUCCUUUGUUUGUUAUGGAAACUUUGGAACUCAUGGAGGAGAAGGCCAUUGGCAUGAGUAAAAGUAUCUACAGAUAUGUCAUUAGAGCUCUGAGCAGAGGGGGAUAUGCGAAGGAGGCACUUCACUGGCUGGCUCUUCUCGGGGAGAAAGAAAGCACUCAUGCCACUAUACCGAUUUUUAAUAUCUUUCUAAAUGCCUGUGGAAGUAGAGCAAAUCUGAAGGAUGCUGAAUGCUGUCUUGAGAUACUGGAAAAUCUUUUUCUUGGGAAGUCUGAAAUAACAUACUGUGAGCUUUUGAAGCUUGCAGUGUUACAGGGAAAUUUGCCUGCAGCUUAUGAUAUCUGGAAGGAUUGCUUUAGGUAUUAUAGCCCAAACAUUAUCACACAAAGGAGACUUAUAAGGGCUUUAACUGCACUAGGUGACCUUCAAUCUGCAUAUCACAUCUUGCAGCAUAUGGUAGCCCUUGUUGCACAAAGCUCUGACUAUCCGAGGGUGUCUUCUAAAAGAAGAUACCAGUUAUCGAGACUAGACAUUCCUGUACCUGCUUUGAAUGAAUUUGAAGAUCUCACCCUGCCAUCAUGUCAAGGGAAGCUGGCUACUGGCGAACAUUUGGUUGAUGCUCAGCCUGAGCUAUUUGAGGAGAAAACUCGGUCAGGCAACAAUCUUUCUUAUAAGGUUGGAGUAGAUGGUGUUGCAAAUACAUUGAAGUCUGCACCAAGUGCAGUAAAACAAAUUUUGAGAUGGGCGUUCAACGAUGUUUUGCAUGCAUGUGUACAGUUUAACAACUGUCAGUUAGCUGAGCAUUUAUUUACAGAGAUGCAAAAAAUUGGAUUGCAACCAUCAAAUUUUACAUAUGACGGCUUUGUUAAGACUGUGAUAGCUGGGAAAGGAAUUGCAUAUGCCAACAAAGUGAUUAAAGCCAUGGAGAGAAGGGGCUUUGGACUUUACAGUGAUACACUUGCUGCUCUCUCAGUAGGUCAUAGCAAUAGUUCACAGUUGGAUUUGGCUGAGGAACUUUUGGAAAGAAUUUCAGAUAUAAAACCAAAGCAUAUACGUGCCUUUAAUGCUUUGCUUUCUGGAUGUGCGAUUAUGAAUGAACCAGAAAGAGCUGUGCGCAUACUAGCUAAAAUGAAACAUGUGAACAUGAAGCCAACUCUCAGGACAUAUGAACAUUUGUUUUCUCUGUUUGGAAAUGUAAAUGUUCCUUAUGAAGAAGGAAAUGUGCUCUCUCAUGUUGAUGUUUCCAAAAGGAUAAGUAUAAUUGAGAUGGACAUGUUUAAUAAUGGAAUCCAACACAGCUUUGUGUCUAUGAAGAACUUGAUACGAGCUUUUGGAUCUGAGGGGAUGAUAGAGGAAAUGCUGAGGUACCUGAAUAUAGCAGAAAAUAUUUUGUGGAACAUAAAUCCUUAUCAGAAGAGUGAUCUAUACAGCAUUGCGUUGCAUGCUCUGGUUGAUGCAAAGGAAACUCACAGAGCAGUAAUGAUCUUCAAAAUCAUGAAAUCAUGCAACCUUCCAACUGAUAUUUCAAUUUAUAAUACCAUGAUAGAGUGCUGCAAAUGGCUGCCAUGUUUCAAAUCAGCUAGUGCUUUGCUGUCUUUGAUGCUCCGAGAUGGCUUCAAUCCUACGGUUGUGACUUUUACAUCACUCCUGAAGGUUGUAUUAGCAAAUGAUAAUUUUGAAGGGGCUCUGGAUCUGCUUGAUAUAUGCAAGAUUGAAGGACUUCAGCCUGACAUACAGAUUUUCAACACAGUACUCUCACGUGCAUAUGCUAGAGGUCAAAUUCAUGUCCUUGAAUAUAUUGUGGAGUGUAUACACCAAGCAAAAAUUCAACCUGACCCAUCAACACUUUGGUACAUAUUUUGUGCCUACGAGGAGCAUGAACUGUACAAUACUGCAAUUGAGGCAUUGCUAGUCCUCAGCAUGAGAAUGAUAUCUGAGGAUGCCAGCAUUCUUAGUGAGAAAAGAAUUGCUUUUGAAGAUCUAAUCCUCUGUGAAGAGCCUGAUGCUGAAUUGAGGAUCAUAAGGGCAUUCCAAGCAGGUGAAGAAUUUCUCGCGACGGCUUUACUGAACCUAAGAUGGUGUGCCACAAUGGGUGCCACCAUAUCUUGGUCACCAGAGGAGAGUCUUUGGGCAAGGAGGCUGGCAUCCUCGUAUGAUGCUAACAAGAGACCACAUAUAAACCCCUCGGAUGUUCCCAAAUCUUGGUGA